GCAUUAGUGUCCAGGCCAGACAACAAAUUAAGAUUCAAGCACCCUUUAAGGACCAAUGUACCCAAUAGCUCAUGGAAGAAAAAAAUCAAAUCAGGACAUCCUUGGUUUCCAGGCUACCGAAAUAUGGAACGAAAACUUUAGGAAGUGUCUUGCAACCUACGCCAAAUGGGACGGCUGUUAGUUUAGCAGGGAGUAAUGGUGGAAAAAAUUUUGGCAAGCACAAUGGCACUGUUCGCAUGUCUUCCUUUUCUUUCAACUGGAAAAAUUCAAAUAAAUAUCAACUUCAUAAUCAAAAUGGGAGAGAGACCAACUCUAAACAUAACUGUAAUGAAAAAUUAGUUGAUUCUGAUAAGUAUUCUCAAUCUCAAGGAGCAUUGGGUAAUGAUGUGCUCAGGGUGGGUUUGAACAGUACUGCUUCGGCUGCAUCAAAAGCAGCAAAGCAAACCAGUAUGUUUGUAUCUUCUGCUGAGGAAUUAAACCCAAAGUCUUUGCCUGGACUCUCUAGUUCAGCAAAAUUCGCCAAAGGUACCCUGUCAGGAAGGACCUCAUAUCCUGGACUCAGUGCUCCAAAAUCACAUUUAAAUGGAUUUUAUGGAAAUAGGCCGGUGGUAGGUUUGCAGAGACCUAGAGCUAAUUCCAGUGCCACAAGGACAAGUUCAGGAGAAAGCCUGGCACAAUCUACAGACAAUAGCAAGGCUUUUUCCUGUGAAAAAAUGGUAAGAUCACAAAGUUUUUCACAUUCCAUUCAGAAUUCUUUCCUUCCCACUGCAUCUUUAACCAGGUCACAUUCCUUUAAUAAAGCUGUGGAUCUUACAAGGCCUUAUCAUAGUCAAAAUCUAGCUGCCAGGACAUCUCAGAGGUCGACUUUGUUGUCAAGAAGUGCACGUCAGUUGGAUGUACCCAAUGGAAAUGAACCUAUGAAGUAUGGAUUUACCAGGCCCUACUCUGGUAUGUCUGCUCCUUGUUCAAAGAAGCCCCCACUGUCAAAUGGAUCUGGGUCAGCACCUUCUUUUGGAUACAGAUUAAGUCGGCCUUCUCUGCUGAAGCCCACCAGGCAACGAUUUGCUGGAAAUACCGUUGUGGAUGGCAGCAAAAAUACAACUCCUGACACAUACAUUGUGGAGAAUUCUGAAAUUUCAACGAAUAUUAAUAGAGCAAUUGAGAAAAACAGUAUUAUAGAGAGCAAUGCUCAAAGAACAGAAUCUGAUGAGGGCCUACAUGAAAGUAUGGGAAAACAUGGGUCAAAAGUCAUGUGUAUGAGUGAUGAUGGAGAUGAAAUAUCUAUAUCUUCUUUGUCAUCCUCUGAAAAAAAUGAUUUGAGUGAAGACUUCAGUGAUGAUUUCAUAGAUAUAGAAGACCCAAACAGAACUAUACAAAUACAGCAAAAGGAGAGCUGUCUUCAAGAGUUGGAGCAUGGGAACAUAACAUCCAUCGAGCCCUUCACUUCUCUCAAGGACAGUGGAGGAUCUUGCUGUAAUGCUGAUGACUGGCUUGAUAUAAACGUGUCUGCAGUGGAUGACAACAGUGAAAGCACAAAGCGUACUGCUGAGAAUGUGGUUUCCCCAGAGAUGAAUUACAGAGCUGGGUCCUCUUUUGAGCUUUCUCCAUCUGACAGCUCUGAUGGCACAUAUAUGUGGGACGAAGAAGGGUUGGAACCUAUUGGAAGUGUCCAUCCAUGUGGAAGUUACGAAUCUUCAGAAAUGAACAGCAUAGAUAUCUUGAAUAAUCUUGAUUCAUGUGAUCUUGAAGAUGAUGAUCUCAUGCUUGAUGUGGACCUGCCUGAGGACCCACCUCAUGACAAAGAGGAAUGUGAAAAUAUGAGCCAUUAUGAUAGACAAGACAGAAAUGCUAGGCAACAUCAGGAAGGAUUCUGGAAAAGAGCACCACAACAGCGAUGGAAUACACAGGAUCAUUAUCAUCUUGGCCAUACCGAUCACUAUAUCCAUGGUAAAAAUGAUUUGAACAGGGGUUCAAACUACCUAGAAUCUCCUAUUGGUCGCUUUGAAAGCUAUGGAGCACCAAAUUUUUACCAGGCUCCUAGACAGCUGGUGGGCUUACCAGAGAAUACUGUGAUGCUUGAUGAAAUGACACUUCGGCACAUGGUCCAAGAUUGCACAGCUGUAAAAACUCAGUUAUUGAAACUGAAGAGAUUACUGCACCAGAAUGAUGAAAAUGUGUCACUUCAGGACAUCCCACUUUCUGUCCCAUCAAGUCCAGAACCACAAGAACCUGAGUCAACUUUUAAGAUGGAUGAUCUGCUGAAUGAGAUCAGGCAGCUUAAAGAUGAACUGAAGAAAAAGGAUGAAACAAUCAACCAAUUAGAGCAUCAACUUGCCACUAGAUGUAACUGCCAGAAAGACAGUCAAAAAUCUACAGGGGCAACGUGCGCGUAUGCUGAUAAAUUUACGCAAACCUCCUGGAGGAGGAGUUCUCCUCAAGUACUACAGCCUUCCAGCAGCCUUCCCAGUUCCACAGACCUCGCCCAGGGAAAACUAAUAAAAACGCCACAUAUCGAGGCCCACAGUGAAUAUCCUAAACAUGGUCUGCAUGAAAAUAGCAAUCAUCAGAAUCAAAACGCUGCAGGUGUCUCUCUCACAAAUAGCCUGAAUGAUGUAAACACUUUAAUGAGCAUACAGUUAAACAUAAAAGAUGAGAAUGCAUCAUAUUUGGAAAAUCUGAAAAAUAAAAAUACUGAAGACUCUGGAGACAUGGCUAAUAAUAAAGAAGGUACAUUACCAUCUUGUUCCUGUUUUCUGACGUCUAAACGAGCUGAUGCUAGAGAGGUGCAGACUGAAUUAGCUGUGAAAGGUCAACCCUCAUUCACAAACCAGGCUUCUUGGCCAAAGACUUUAAGAAUCGCAAAGCCCCCAAAUGCUUUAGUGCCUCCUACGAUGGCCGUUCUCGCACGAUCUGCAAAUCAUGCUGCUGCUUCCAAGGAACCUGAGCUUCUACCAUCGAGUAGUUCAACUCAGCUACAGCCAACAUCUGGUCAGGAUAACCUAAAGGGUAAACAGAGUCAGAAAGUGUCUAAACUUCGCCCACCAACUAUGUCCUUUGUUAAAUCUAAGCAAAUGAGCAGUCAGAAAUCCACACCAGUAUCUGCAGAGCCUCAAAACACCUGUUUGAAGACCAAUAUCCCAAAGCCACCGGUACAGAGAAAGGAAAAUGUGCAAACACAGAAUACCGGUUUGCGUGCUGGGGAUAGUUUGCCCUCUAAUAGGCAUUCCCGCCUCCCUAAACCAAAGACACAUUGAGAACAUAUCUACAUAUCAUUGAACGAUGCCAUACAUUAAACCUACUUCGUAUGUAUUGACUGCCUUCGAGGCUGCUUUAUCUACAGCCUGCAAAUCCUGAGUGAAAAAUAGCAUUUUUCUUUAGUGUUUGCAUACUCCACCCUGUUAUGUUCUGAGGCUCAUUUUAUGAGCUGUGCAGCUUCUCUUGGGUGUGCUUUAUUAUAUCGUAGGUCUGUAUUAAAGGUUGUAUUGCCCAGUGAUCUUAGUAAUUAAGCAAAUACUGAAGUCUGUGGUGACCACGAAUACCAGAGUGCUGCACAAUGCAUUUCAGGAUGGCGGAAAUAAUUUCUUACCUCUGUUGAUUUGAGUUACUAGACAAUGAAAUUACUAUUCAGUUUAACUUCUUGGUUCUGAGUACUCGUUAGGUUAGAGUGGUGGAAAAGUAGACUUACUAGCAGAUGUUUUAUUGGCCAUAAUUCUGACUCUGUAUUCCAGAGGCCUAUGCAAAAACCCUUGUAUUUAUCAUUAUCUCAAGACUGACAUAUUUAAUGUUAUUUAAUCUGAUGGGUUGGGUGGGUUGUGUUGUUUUGUUUUGCUGUAAUCUGAAGUUGCUCUGUUCUUUAUUUAUCCUAUUUUCACUGUUCACAGACAAUAAGCAGAUUUCACAGGGUGAAAUGGAUCUUCUCUCUUAAACAUCAUUUGUUAAAAGGUUGUGGUAUGUUUCUUAUUGUGUUGAAUAGACACAUUACCGGGUAGAUUCUUGAAACGCAGUGCUAAGGAUACUUGUGCAAAACCUUCCGAUACAGGCUCUUAUGAAUUGGUAAGUAGGGAGCCUCUGGGAAUAUGGGGUCCAUAACACCUAUGUCGAGGUUGCACAACAUGCAUUUUAAUUAAUAUUUUUUAACUUUUAUUGUACUAAUUGUAUUUAUUGAUUUCUGUUUAAUAUUGAAAGGCUCUACAGUACCUGACUUCAAAUUUUGCACAAACUUUGCCAUAUAUGUAAGGAUUUGAAACUAUUUUACAGAAUAAAACUUGUAUUAAAAAGCAACUAUUAAAAAAAAAAAAAAAAUAACCCUACUUACUUGCUUUGAGCAAUCCUAUUAUGUCCUAAUCCAGAGCUGGUACUCUUAAGAGUUUUUCAGAGAUGUGUAUUUUGGUUUGGGGUUUUUUUGUAAAAAAUUUUUUUUUGUAAUUUCUAAAGAAGUGCAUGAUAACUGGGAAGGAGCUUUUUGGGGAAAUAAAGAAAAAAAUUUUGCUGCUCUUUAGGAGAAGUAUUUUUUCUGAAAGUGGUCUGGAAAUGUAUGCCUAUCAUGGUGCAACUAUGGGACCAUGACACAUGUGCUGUGACUUAAACAUAUGCAUAUCCAGUGAAGCUUUCCAGAAAACUUUUCCAGCUGUCCCAUCUCCAAUUCUUCCAUUCUUUCCCAUGACUGUCUCCUGGAUGUUACCAGUUGGGGUUUUUUUCUGUUCUUGAAUUGGUUUUAAAAUCAGAAGCAGAAGGCUGUUACAAUAACUUUGCUCAAAAUCUAUUCCUGAACAGCAUAUAAUGUCAGUAAAAUGAAACAUAGUAAUAGGUUGUUCUAGGCUUUGGCUAUAGGACGUUGACGUAUUACAGUAUUUUCUUUGAGAGAAUUAAAGUGAGUAGGUACAGACAUUUCAUAAAUAAGUUCAAUAAUCAGCUUCUGUAGUAGAAGCCAUUUAACUAGGGGUAUCCUGAUGGAUACCUUAGUUGGAUGGGAGAAGGAAAAAAUAUAUCACCUGAAUUUCUCAGUACAUAAUUAAUAUCCAAGAAAGUUUUCGCAUUUGUCACACUGUAAAUUCUUUUAACUGACAAUGAAGUGGAAAAAUGAAAAGCUUGGGGGGGAAAUGGGUAGGGGGGAAGGUUCUAUUUCAGAACUGCUUAUAUCAAUCUGAAAUAAGAGACUUGCAGAACUUCCUGUUAACUGGGGCGAAGACAAUGUAAGCAAGAAGUAACAAUGGUAACAUUAAUUGUUACCGUUGACAGAGGAUCAAAAUAACUGCAAUUCAACAUUGCUGUAACAAUUAUUCUCCAGGAAAAAUUCUUUCUUUCCUUGAAAAGCAUUGAAUUAGAUGGCCUUCAGUGUAAGCAUUGACUUUUGGUAAGAAAAUAAAACUGACUUUUUAUGUUCCUCAAAACUAGCUCCUGGCAGCUAACUGUGUUUCUCAGGAGUUCAAAAACUGCUGAGGGAGUGAUCAGAUUCCUCGUUCGUUUUCCGGUCCAUAUAGAUUUCUAUGGAAGGUGUAUUUUUAAGUUUACUUUUGAAGAGAAGCCGAUUUUAUUUUUAGUUGUAUAUGAUUUUGUGUAAAAAGAUGAUUUUCACUUAAUGCUAUUGACAGAGAUAUUUCACCGUGAGUUCUUUUGCUUCUUAUUUAGGAGGUAUCACCAGCCUGAUUUAGUGAUGUUAAAAUUUUUAUGUUUACAUUUAAAAGCAUAGAUAUCUGGCUAUCUGCACCUUUACUGAAAACUAAGGAACGAAGCAAAGAGAUGAUCAGGGUUUUCAUAAAAAAGAAGGUAGUUCUUAAUAUGUUUUUUCCCAGAAGAACAAAAAUAUAUUUAUUCUGUGGGGUUGUUUUUUCCUGUGUUAAACGAGCGUAAGAAGAUUAUAUUCUUUGUUACAGCAUUUCCCCAUUUUGUUCUGACAGAUUAGUGAGACAUUGAGCUGGAGGCAGCAGGAUUUGAUCAUGGAUGAGACAGAUGCUAGCCUGAAUUGUGUUUGUAUUCAGCUGCUAACCUCACAUCCCUCUAAAGACAACUACAUAUUUUGGCUCUUCAGACUUUACCAGGGAAGGCUCUGUUGCAUGUAUAGUAAGUCCAGAGUACGAGCAAAGCCUGUCAGUAGAUGGGCAACUGGAAGAGAAGUAGUGAAGUUUGAAGCUUCACUUCAGUGAAGGACGCGGGUUGAGGGGAAAUGGAUAAGAGGGCGCUGUGUAGAGCUUGUCAGAUGGGAUUAAGUAAGUAUUUUCAGGCAAUGUAUCUGCCUUAUAGAAGGUGCAGAUACAUCAUCAGUACUGGUGCAGAUUAUACUAAAUGCGUAAAUUAAAGGAUUUGAUAUCUUCAGGGUUUUUUUUAGGUUUGUAAAACUGGUUUAUUGCCAUUUUCUCGGUUUUGAUCUCUCAUUCUUUUGUGCAAUAUUCACAAAAGUAUUAAUCUACUGUUCAGUAUGUGUGUACAGAGGCAAUUACGUGUUUUAACAAGUGAAUAAACACAAAAGAAAAAAAACAGAAUUGCACUUUAAAUGAGCUUUAUUGCUUGGAGUUGUGCCUAAAAUAAUCUAGAUGCCUCCUGCUGUGUGUGGCUUUUGUUUGAAACUAAUUUCCCUGCUAGUGUUGCUGUUUCCAAGGUAUCUUCAUGUCACUUUCACAGAAUUGAUAUGCACUCUAGCAUGUUUAAAAAUAUUCAUAUAGUGUACUGAGUUUUUGUUGUGCAAUGACUUUAAUUUAACCAUGGAAUUUUAACACUGAUGAUGUAGCCUGAUUAUUACCUUCCCCUUCCCUGAAGCUUGCACUUCCUACUGCCAGUCAAGGCUGAUGGCAAAACUCCCCUCGAACUAGCAUAGCCCUUAAAGAAUAAUGCUCUCAGCAUAUGUUUUUGUUUGAGAAAAGAAGUGCAAUAUUAUCUCUUAGACUUUCUGGAAGUAAUCACAAAGGCCCUGAAAAUCCGAAACAGCCCUGAAUUUUUCAUACAGUUCCAUAAAAAGUGGGUUCCUCAACUUUACAUCUCAUAGCAGUGAGACUAUACAUAGCAACUAGACUGCAUCAUAGGUCAGUAAAAGUCAUUUCAUUCUUGAUCUAAAUGCUGAUUUGUUGUAAUGAUGCUAGAAAACUGAAUACCAUCUGUGUGAUUUACUUUGUUUGCAUGUCACAACCAUACGCACAUUCUAAAGUGUCAUACUUGGGUGGGUUGCAUGUUGGAGGGGAAGUAUUUCUGUUUUUGCACAGCACAUAAUCCUCUUAAUAUGGACAUUUUCUUGCCAUACAAAUGGAAAUCCGUUCUUGAAUUGGGAUUGCAUAGCUAUUCCUUAUCUCGUUAUAGUGGCUUUUUCUGAGCAGAGUGGAUUUAAUACAUGAUCCUGGUGGGAGGUCUCGGUAUAGUAAUCUUACAACUAUGCUAUCGAGGAAAUUCAGUCACUGUUGUGGUAAAGCUGCUCACUGCCUACUUAAUUGUAAAAGCACCACAAUAAAAACAAUAUAAUUCCAGUGUCAGUGAAAUCUUAAAUUCAAUACUAGCUAAAAAAAGAGGUACCCUUACCUAUCUGCUUUGUUGUUUUUGUUUUUUAACCCAGGCCAGAGUAAAUACUGUAUAUUGGAAUUUGCUUGUAAAGUUGAUUUAAAAACCUGUAUGUAAAAAUUCUUUCCUCAAUGUUGCUCUAGUGAACAAAAAUAAAAGUCAU